AUGGCCAGCAUCGCCAAAAUCAUCGACCUGGACUCCAUACUGCACGAGGAAAUGGGCCUGAAGGACAUGCAGCGAUUGUUUCCCAUCGCGAUGAGGCUGCAAUUGAACGCGGCGGCGAGGCAGAGGCACACCGAAGCCAUCAUGAUCAAGACCAACCUCGUCCCACCCGGCGCCAAAAGCAUCGCGGCGAUCAAUGAUUGGGCGCGCACGUGGAUGGAGGGGGCCGAGGAGAUUCGCAACGACGCUUCUGGACAGCAGAUCGACGCAGAGCUCGCCACAAUGAGCGCCGCGGCGUUUGCAGGUCUUUUCGAGGGCCUCAGUCAGGACGGCACGCCCGUCGGCGCACUCAACCAGCAGAACCUGAAUACCUCCAGCGACAAGCUCCAGCAGAUGGACCUCGAGACGAUAGUAGAGCUUGCACCAAAGGCGAAGGCAAGCGACGCGUGCGACCAGGCCCAGAGCACGCUGCAGCUGAGCUUCCAGAGCAACAACGGCGUCGACUUUACGGCGAUCCGCGAGGCGCUCAUCCAGACGGGCGCGGGCGACAUGCCAGGUCAGGGCCUUAUGGCACACAUGGAGCGGAUACUGCGCGCGCAGGUCGUGAAGAUGGAGGACAUGACCAUAGGUCCCUCAGCGCCUUGGCAGCCCACCGCAGUGCCCGCCUUCAACGCAGAGGACAUCGACAGCUGUCUCCCAGGGCACGGCAAGCCCCACAUUCCAGAGUGCGCCGUCAUCGCAGAGGGCAGAUAUUGUUCCUGA